UCCAUGACAAAAACUUCAAUCAAACAACCUGCUAACUUUCUUUUCCUGCUUAAUUUACUCCACUGUAGAAAAGCUGGUAAAAUCAGAUCUUUAGUGCAUGCUGUCUGAUUUGGACAUAAUCACUGGCUCAGGCUCUUUACCACACUGUCCUCCUCAUUAAUUUCUCUAUUUCAUCUGAGAUGUAAAGCUCUGCGGUGGUUGGGAACCAUUCUUUCCUUUUCCGAGAUAGCAAAGAUGUGUCUGUGUGCGCGAGCGUUUCUGCAGGAUGUGCUAUAUGUACAUGUACACGUGUCUUUGCAUGCCUGUAUGUGGGAGAAUGUCGCACUUCAUUUCACCCACUAAUUAAAGUCGGCUAAUUCACCAUUGAUCUGUGGUGACCACACUGCCUGCUUAUUGAACCACCGAGGACUAAUGGCUGAAAAGCCAUUCAGGGGCAUUUCACCGUCUCUGUGGGUGUCCUGCCUACAUUUCAAUGCUUAUGAAAGCAGCUUUGCAUGAUGUUAUUACAAAACAUAUAAAUUACUGACAUGUUUGCUGUGGAUUCAGUCUAGAUUUAAUUUAUAUUUAUUGUUAUUUCUUCUAUUUUUUUCAAAAAUAUCAAUGAUGGACACUAAAGCUUAAGAUUUACUGUAUGCCUUAUAAUAUAUAAUCAUGCAGUACUUCACAGUAGGGUGCCAAGCAGACAUCCCAAGUCAAAUAGCCCCUCAUGAGCAACAUGUUUUAUUUUUCCAGACAUCAUAGUUUGGCUUCAUUGCUUUCAGUUAGAUGCUGGCACAUCCUUAAAUCCCCAAGACAACAGUUCUGUAAUUCCACCCAGUCCUUAAUUAGAAAAUGGAAGCUGGGCGGUGUAGCUAUGUGGAAGGUUGAAAAAAAAAUGCCAAAUGCAAAUGUUUCUCUUUGCUUUGCAGUGUAAUGUGAGCCCUUUGCUGGAAUAGACGAGGUGCGUGCGUGCGUGCGUGCGUGUGUGUGUGGUUCUUGAGGCAGGAAUCCCACAGAGGCAGCAGAGCUCAUAGACUUGCACUGCUCUUAUGACCAACUUAAUCACACAGUCAUUAAGCACAGUAUUAUGUGCUAUAAAUAGCACAGCAUAAGCGCUGUCUACAAAUCUGAGCGUGAGUUUUAUACAUCAUGAAUGCAAUUUGAAAGCAUCAGUUUGUCAUUUAUAGGAUAGAGGCAGUAGGUAAAUGCCCUAAACCCCUGUUCUGCAACACCAACACUACAGUAGCUCAUAUGUCGACCUCGUCGUGUGGGAACUAGCCCACUAGAAGCCUGUUCAAUAUGCAUCUGUCCAAUCAUUGAAAUGCCUUGAUUGAUUUAUGCCUGCCCACGGACUGAUCACGACACGCUGCUGAUCGGCCUGUUGGUCUCCACCUCCUUUUGCUUCACUUCCUCGUUGUGAGGCCGCGAGGCUAAUCCCACCUUCUGUCUCUAGAUAUCUAGAUAAAAGCCCCCUGCUUACGUUAAUGUACGUAAGCAGGCAAGGCGCGUGUCAAGUAGAGUAGAAGGGAGAGAGAAAGAAAGGAAGUUAUACAUGAGGGAGAGGACCCAAUGAAGCAGAGGCGACGUCUCCAGGACCGCGUUUUUGCAGCUGUUCCCUGCUCUUGUCUCACUGUUCUACAUGCUCGGUUUAUGGCCCUGCAGCUCAGCCUUCACACCUGCCUUGGCUAAUGUUUAUUCACCCUUACAGCCUAAUGUCAGGGCGCGAUCAUGGGACUGGCCUCCUCUUAGUGCGAGUCGUACAAAGUCAUUUGAAACUAAGAAAGGAGCUGCAGACGUCACAGCUGCAGUUCAGGUUUGGAUGAUGUGAUGAGACAUACCUCUGGCUACCAGUGUCCCUGAGGAGCACCAUUAACCCAGUGGAUGGGAUCUACCAGCCCCCUCUGGACACUCCUGUAGUCAACACCACGAUGCCAACACAGACCACGCUACCCACAGACACUUCUCAGGUGUGUAAAUCAGACCAACGACCCUCCACAUUACCUGUAGGUCCCGUCGUCACGGUGAUGGGCAGUCUGCAGACCCCUACUCCCAACAGCACAGGGAGUGGCCCGUCAGGCCCCAGCAGCGGCGUCGCUUCCCCAGCUCACAUCCCCCUCCCCUCACACUCGGUACCAGACUUCUCUUACUCCUCCAGCGAGGAUGAGUUCUACGAUGCGGACGAGUUCAGCAGCACUUCCCCCAAACACUGCAUAGAUCCUUCGGGGCCUGCAGCUGCCUCCCCUCUCACUAAUGAACAAACGGCGCUGAAGCGACCAAACACCACCGAGUCGCUCAACUCGUCCAUGUCCAACGGUACCACAGACACGGAUCAAUUUGACAGCCAUGACGACCGCGAUGACGACGGCGAGGGCGAGUCUGUGGAGGAGCACAAGAGCGUCAUCAUGCAUCUGCUCUCUCAAGUUCGUCUGGGCAUGGACCUCACUAAGGUGGUUUUGCCUACGUUCAUCCUAGAACGAAGAUCCUUGUUAGAAAUGUAUGCAGACUUCUUUGCACAUCCCGACUUAUUUGUUAGUAUCAGUGAGCAGGCGGAGCCCCGGGACCGCAUGGUUCAUGUGGUCAAAUGGUACCUGUCCGCGUUCCAUGCAGGCAGGAAAGGCUCAGUAGCCAAGAAACCCUACAACCCAAUACUAGGAGAAGUUUUCUACUGCCACUGGGAUCUGCCCCCCAGUGAGUCAGAUGAGCCUCCCCAGCACACGGAGGCCAUAUCAGAUGGUCCAGUUCCUUGGUCGUCACCAAACAGUGUGUGUUUUGUGGCAGAGCAGGUCUCUCACCACCCGCCCAUUUCUGCAUUCUACGCAGAGUGUUUAAGUAAGAAGAUCCAGUUCAACGCACACAUCUGGACUAAAUCGAAGUUCUUAGGCAUGUCGAUAGGCGUCCACAACAUUGGCCAAGGUUGUGUUUCCUGUUUGGAGUACGAUGAACACUACAUCCUCACCUUUCCUAAUGGAUAUGGCAGGUCCAUUCUGACUGUGCCUUGGGUGGAGCUUGGUGGAGAGUGCAACAUCUCCUGCUCCAAGUCAGGCUACAGUGCUAACAUCGUGUUCCACACCAAACCCUUCUAUGGAGGAAAAAAGCACAGAAUAACCGCUGAGAUUUUUGCACCAAAUGAUAAGAAGUCUUACUGCUCCAUUGAAGGGGAAUGGAAUGGAAUCAUGUUUGCCAAGUGGGCAACAGGAGAAAACACAGUGUUCAUAGACACUAAGAAGUUGGGUAUCGUUAAGAAAAAAGUGAGAAAGCCUGAAGACCAACUUGAAUAUGAGUCACGAAGGUUGUGGAGGGAUGUAACGUUGAACCUAAAGCUGAAAGACAUCGAUGCAGCAACAGAAGCUAAACACCGGCUGGAGGAGAAACAGAGGGCAGAGGCGAGAGAGAGGAAGGAGAAGGAGCAGCAGUGGGAGACCAGGCUAUUCCAUGAGGACGGAGAGUGUUGGGUCUAUGACGAGCCUCUACUAAAGAGAUUAGCCUCUCAGAGGCCCUGAGAAGAUGACACACACUCUCAAACACAUAUGCAUAAAGACCUGCACACAAGAAAGAGUCUUUAUAAGAACUCUUUUGCAAAACCUCUUCUUGUCCAAGCCUUGGAAUGACGGAUGAUUGAACAUGUACACUGCUUUGCAUCUGACUGUAAAACAAUAUGAAAAUGAAUGAAAUCAAAUGGAAAAAGCAUCAAAGAUGUAACCUGAAAAUUAGUAAAGCUCCUCUCCUUCUUUUGGCCAAUCUCACUUCCACUUCCACCUCCACCGAUACCUGGCAACAUGGGACGCAGCAGCGCAAAGAACGCACCUCUGUCCAUCAACUCUUCGACAGCUCCACAGAACGAGCCAGGGCAGUUCACGCUUCACUUCACACAUGGUUUUAGCUGGGGUGGGGUGGUUGAUCAUGGUUAGAGCAAAUAAACCUUGGCUAUAAACGAACCGAGCUCGACAUCUCAGGGAAUCCGGUGACUGAGGAAAGAGAGCUGAGAGUCUAACAGCCUUAUAAAAGUGGGAUGGAUGAGGGGCAGGGGAGAAAUUCUUUGCUUGCCUGCAACUAGUUAUAAUAUAUGGUUAUACAUAUGAUGGGAUAUAUAAAUAUAUAUUCUUUAUUUGUUUCUGGCAAUAGUGUAAAAUAUCUGAGGAUAUGAACUUGAUGGCUUUACGUCUCCCUUCACCCUGAUGUUCUGUUCCUGUUCACAUUAUUCUGUGUGUCAACCGUCAUCAAGCAGCAACGGCCUAUUUAAGCCACACGUCUGAACACACCUGUUGGAAGAAUUGUGAAAUAUGGAAUAUAUGCAAUAUAGAUAGUAAAUAUUUACCUAACCAGAGAACAAAGAUCCGUUGUACCAAAAAUGUUUGGAGAAACGGGCUUGAUCUGGACGGCGAACAGACAAGCUGAAAAUGUUUCCAUGCUACCUGAAGGCAUUUAUGAACAAAUUUUUGUUUGCAUAUUUGUGUCUUUCUGGAUUUCUGCCCGGGACUCAAGUCUGUAAAAUCUUUCUCUUUUGCGCUGCACAUCACAUGUCCUCAUUUCCUCUCCAAACCCUGUGGCCUCAUAGCCGAUCGGCAUACCCUUGGCUCUCCUGUUUUCGCAGUGAGGAGAGAAAGUAAAGACAAGGAACCAGAGUAGAUGUUUGAAACACUGCUGCUGUUUCAAAGUGCUGCUAGAGUCCAGGCUGUGUUCUGUCAGUUCAGUAUCCAUGUAAUCUUUGUUUAUUGCUUUGUUUAUUCAAGAUAAGAACCACAUAGAGGGCAAUAUUUAUCCUAAUCUACACAUAUGCUUUUUGCACCAUAAAUCAUUCUCUUAUUUACAGUGUCAUAGGUGGGAGCGAAAUGCGAUGCUACUUGGAUGAGAUGCCGAAAUAAACAUGUUUGACCUGAAUAUGACCAAGAAUAUGUGUCCUGUAGUGGGCUCUUGUCUUUGUGUAAUUAUGACAGGAUUAUCAUCACCGACAGGUUUAAGUAUAUUAACAUCUGGAGACAAUGCAACUGUUGGGUUAAAUACUCCUUCAAAAGACAACUACCUUUAGAAAUGAGCCAAAUUUAUUUAUGAUUUCAAAGCAAUUACUUUUUUCCCAUGUGUUGUUUUUGUAAGUGAUAUUGAGAGGCCUUGCCAUACAUUCACUAUGACUGCUAGAGAGCAAUCAAAACAAAUGUAUUUUUCUUUAAACGUUGAUUGUAUCAAAUUCUCUUCUUUAUCGAUGCAUAAUAUUAAAUCUCUAUGAGUUUA